UAGGUUCUCGUGUGCAGUUCACCCUUAUCAUAUAAAACCAGACGCCGCCUUUGUUUACGCCAAAGUUUAGUGGGAGAUCUCCACAGCUCAAGCACACACCAACUCCUCACCUUUUCACACACUUGGAUAAAGGAGACGCAAUCAUGGUGGCUAUGACGAAAAGGAUAAAAACUUUUCAGAUCAUUUUUGCGGACCCAAGCAAGACAUUUUAUUGCGGCGGCGACAGAAUAUGUGGACGUGUAGAAGUCGAAGUUGGUGAGAAUACUCGCGUGUCUGCAGUGAAAAUGUUGGGCCUGGGAUGCGCAAAAGUGGAAUAUGCGAAAGGAAAGCAGCGCUGCAGACAAGAGGCCGAGUACCUUCGACAUGAGGAGGUCCUGCGACUGGACAAUCAGCCGACAGAUGCUGAUGGGUCCGUCAUCUUAAGACCUGGAAACAAGUAUGAAUACUCUUUUGGAUUUGAGCUUCCUCAGAAUGGGCAGCUGGUGUCUUCAUACAAAGGGAAGUUUGGUUACAUCCAAUACUACGUUAAGGCUUCACUGGAGAGGCCACAACACCCUGUCCUUGAGUGCAAGAAAACAUUUGAGGUGGAAGAACCACUGGAUGUAAACACACCAGACCUGCUGUGUCCCACAGGUGGCUCCAAAGAAAAGAAGGUGACCUGUAUGUUCAUCCCAGAUGGUCAGGUGUCUCUAAACGCUAAAAUCGAUCGUCGAGGCUUCUGCGAGGGAGAAGACAUCUGCAUCAAUGCAAAGUUUGAGAACACUUGUUCUAGAAUUGUGGUGCCUAAAGCUGCCAUCAUUGCCAAGCACACUUACCUGGCCAAUGGUCGUACCAAAGUGUUUCGCCAAAAGUUGUCCGCUGUGAGAGGGAACCAUAUUAUCUCUGGCAUGUGUGAUGCCUGGUUGGGCAAGUCCAUCAGGGUGCCUAAGAUCAAACCGUCCAUGCUGGGUUGCAACAUGAUCCGUGUGGAGUAUGCCCUCAUGAUUUAUGUCCACAUCCCUGGCAGUGAGAAGCUGAUUCUGGAGCUGCCCUUAGUCAUUGGGACACCUGGUUUGGGCAGCCGUAGCAACAGUGUGAGCAGUCAAGAAGGUUCAAUCAGUAACUCGUCCCAAAGCUGGGUGUCCCUCCGCAUGCCCUCAAAUCCCCCCAGCUAUUGUGACAUCUCCAGAGACUGCUGCCUGGACCAGCCCCUCACACCACUGCUUGAUGAUAUUGAUGGUGAUGAAAGUCCCAUUUUCAUGAACCCACCUCGCUUUGAAUACCCAAUGCCACCUGCAUACACAGAGACAGAGGAAGAGUACAAUGGCAACGCUCGUAUGUUACCUGUGUGCUGAACACCACCAAAUCAGUGGUCCAGCAGUUGGGACCAUAAAAGAAGCACUUACAAAGAGCCAAAGAAUAAACUCCAAUGGACAUUGAGUGGACCCAGGGUCAGGACUUAAAGGGCUUGCUUGUUCUGUUAGCUGUCUUCCCAGCUCUACACUGCAUUUACCUGUGCUGAUUCUCACUCCUGGGCCUGGAGCUCUGGCCGCAGCUGAUGUAUGGCGUGAACAUCUCUGAUCAUGUCCGAAAAGAGGCCGAGUUGUCCGAGUAUCAGAAAAAAGUGAUGUGAUAUUUGAAGCACCACAGGCCACAGCCUGACACUACCUUCAUGCUUUUGCAUUCCAGUCUGUACAAGAAGGGAUUUCAAUGAGAACAAUGUUACUGUAAAAUUGCUUGGUACAACAUUACUUCCUGUAGACAAAAAUUCCUGUUUAAUCUUAUGUAACACAUAUGGAUUGAACAUUAUAUUUCCUUUGCACUUAUCAAUGUAAUGCAUUUGGCUACUGCCUGUUGAUUGAAUCAGACAAGAAUGAUGUAAAUUUAAAUAAGCCUUGCAUGUGAUUUUCAGACCCAGUUUAUUUUGAGCUGUUAUUGAUGGUUCUGAUGCUGCAAGUGCCAAAACAUGAUUCACUAAUUUGUACACUCCCAUAUCAUGGAAGGCACUUUAUGAGGGGAAGUUUCUGAUCUGCUGUCAUGCUUAGCAACAUUUCACUGUGAGAGCUACCUCUACGUGGAAUCAAAUGUUGUUUUUCAGUGGAAUUGUUGGAAUUGUUUGAGACUUGUGAGAUAUGAGAAAUGUGUGUUUCUUACGUAUCAUUUAUACCUACAGUUAUUUUUGUAUUUGCACCCUAUGGGUUUUUUAAUAAAGUAUGGUUGACAACA